AUGCAGACGGCGCGCGACAGCUCCGUUCGCUCGGAGGCCUCUGAGGGUGGUGAUGCGCCCCUUUCUACGCCGCACUCGCUCGCCCACGCGCUCACCCUCCGACGAUCCGAGUACAUGGGCCAGCGCAAUCUACGUGUCAAGAUUGGCUCUUGGAACACGGCGGGCUGCCCUGGCACUGACAAAGAUAUUGGCAGCUGGUUCUUUCGCGACGAGGGCCUCACAAAUGACUUUACCAAGCUGGCCGUGUCUGCCAACCCCGACGACCCAAAAGCGGCCGGCGAUGCCAUCGACCUCUACGUCCUCGGCCUCCAAGAGGUCGUCGACUUGAAUACCACAAAGGAAUACGUGAACCGUGUAUACACCGAGAGCAAUAGUCAGAUUACAAAAUGGCAGUCGGCUGUUGAGGCCGCCAUUCCCGCAGGCUACGAGUUUGUUUCGGCUGAGCAAAUGAUUGGGCUAUUGACGCUUGUAUAUGCCUCGAGCGAAGUUGCCAAACACGUGAGCAAUGUCAGCACCCAGCAAAUAGGCACUGGCCUCCUGGGAUACUUUGGGAACAAAGGUGCCGUUGCGACGCGAAUCGUUAUCGGCGAGACUACACGCAUGGUCUUUAUCAACUCGCACCUGGCUAGUGGCGCAGGUUCGAGCUAUGUUGACCGUCGCUGCUGGGACGUGGCGCAAAUCGCUUCCAAGAUUCAAUUUGAUCCGGUGGUCAAUAAUGGCGUUGUCGAGGACACUGGCGCUCGUUUUGGCGACGAAGACUUUACCUUUUGGUUGGGCGACUUGAACUUUCGCCUUGGGAGCCUCCCUGGCGAUGACAUCCGAAGGAUACUGACGCUGCACACGCGUGGCGAAUACGACACGAGCAGCGACAAGCCACCACAGCCUCUCGAUGGCGACCCCGUUAUUGUCAUGAAAGAUUCAGAGAGCGACGAUGAUGCGAUAACAUUUUCCACCGUCAACCACAGCAGAGAGCAGAGUUUCGACUCAGAAACAUCUUUACCCGACCCAGACGACUUUCCCGAAGAUCCCAGCCAAGAUCCAGCUUCUUUGCAGGCCACGCUCGAUUCCUUGCUACCACAUGAUCAGCUGCGUCAGGUCAUUGCGGGUCGAAAAGCCUUUCACGAUGGAUGGAAAGAGGGGCCGAUUACAUUUUUGCCUACAUAUAAAUAUGACGUCGGCACCGUGGCGCUCUUUGAUUCCAGCGAAAAGCGGCGCGCUCCCAGCUGGUGUGACCGCAUACUGUACCGCACCCGAGAGUACAAGCACGAGUUUGAAAAGAGAGUCAUGGAUGAAGAGGCCGCCAAGAAAAAGGAUGAGGAGAUGAAGUCUCGCGGAAUCGAUGCCGACGAAGACGUGCUGUUUAGCUACGAUCCAGAAGAGGACGGCGAAGAGCAGGAGCCCGAAUCAUCUGCUGAUCCAGGCUACGCAUAUGAUGUAUACGACGAAAACGAGGCUCAAGGCGAGCCUGAAACUGCGGCUAUAGACCGGGUCAGGCUUGAACUAUACACUUCCUAUCAGCGAAUCCUUUCGUCAGACCACAAGCCGCUGGCGUCUAUUUUCACGCUCACCUGCGACUGUGUGAUACCAGAAGAGAAAGCCAAGGUACACGCCGAAGUUGCGCGACAGCUUGACCGUGCUGAAAACGAGGGACGCCCUGUGAUCACUCUCGUGCUCGAAGGCGAUGCAACGCAAGAUGCCAACAUGGUGGACAUGGGGCACCUCAGUUUCCUGGCGAUAAAGAGCAGCUCCAUGACCAUUGCCAACACGGGUGGCGUACCAGCGAGCUUUUCUUUUAUGGAUAGACCAGCCAUGGACGACUCUGACGAUGGCAUUCAGUCACACGGCUGGCUUAAAACCUCGUUCACCAAGUCCGACGGCAGCGGUGAGGUGAUUGGCCCGAAUGUUAUGCUUGAACCGGGCGAGACUGUGACGGCAAUACUCGAGGGCCAGGUUUCGUCGAUUCCUUUUCUACGGGCCCUCAAUGACGGACACGCUUCAACUGAAGAAGUGCUUGUUCUUCGUGUUGACAAAGGCAGAGAUCACUUCAUCACCGUGCGCGGCCAGUGGCUGCCCAGCUGUUUUGGGCGGUCGAUUGAUGAGCUCAUCCGCGUACCGGAGGGCGGCAUCCGCAAGUUUCUGCAAGACAGGAAUAUCCGCGGAGCAAUUCCGUACGACUCCGAUGUCCACUGCUCGGCGCCGCGCGAGCUGUUUAAGCUGACAGAGGCCAUCCAGACGCUGGCCGAGCGCUGCAUUGCCGACGCUGCCAUGCUCGAGAAUAUGUCGCUUCCGGGCGAAGCCGGCUGGCCCUUUGACGCCGGAGGCUACUCCCUGGGCGCCGAGGAAAAGGAGGCCGUCCAGGCAUGCGUCAUUGCCGCGCUGGACACGGAUGGCCCCUCUGUCACCGAGGUGCUGCCCGUUGAGCUGCCAUCGUCGCACAAGCUUGAACUCCUGUCGUCUGUACUGCUGCUCUUCCUCGCCUCGCUGACUGACGGCCUCGUAACGGCGCAAAUGUGCGCGCGGCUCGCCACCACUUUCCCGUCGUCGCUCGCCGCACUGCCGCAGAGCGCAUGGGCCGACACCAAGAUGAAGAUUCUGGACGUGCUGUCCGCGGCUCCCAACCACAACAUUGCCUUUGUGUUCCUGACGUCGACGCUCGCGCGCGUGGCGAGGGAGCUGACUCCCGCGACAGCCGAGUCUCGCACGCAGGGCCUGCAGCGGAGGCUGAGCUUCCGUAAGGGCAGCGAGACGGACGCCGCGGCCAAGAAGCGAAAGGCCAGAGAGAGGCGCUACGCGGAGAUUAUGGCGCCGCUGGCAUUUCGCAGCGGAAGCGGCGAGGGGAGCAAGGACAGGGCGGCGAGGGAGAGGGAGCGCACGAUGCUCGAGCUGUUUUUGAGCCUGGAGAUGCAGGACUAG